GGAGCGCGCGGUGCAGGCGGGAGAGGGCGGCCAUGGCGGGGCCCAGCGACCCCGGCGUCCCCGCCGCCCGCUGGAAACGUCACAUCGUGCGGCAGCUUCGACAGCGAGACCGAACGCAAAAGUCCCUCUUCCUGGAGCUGGUGCCGGCCUAUAACCGUCUCAUAGAGAAAGCAGAGCUGCUGGCCCAGUUCUCAGAGAAGCUGCAGCCAGAGCCCACCUAUGUCACUCGGGCUCUCCUCCAGGGCCCCUGGGAGGAGGAGUCAGGGCCUGACUCAGACCGAGUCCCAUCACCAGCAGCUCUGAGGGUGAAGUGGCAAGAGGAGGAGGAGGGUCUCCGGUUGGUGUGUGGAGAGAUGGCCUACCAGGUGGUGGAAAAGAGCGCGGCCCUGGGCACCCUGGAAUCACAGCUGGAGGAGCGGCAAAGCAGGCUGGCAGUUCUGGAGGCCCGCGUGGCGCAGCUGCAGGAGGCGCGGGAGAAGGAGGCGGGACAGGUGGGUGCGCGGCGCGCGCUGAACGCGGCACAGCGGGCGGCCUAUGAGGCGCUGCGCGUGCACGUCGGGCACCAGGAGGCGGCUCUGCGCAGGCUCGAGGAGGAGGCACGCGACCUGCUGGAUCGGCUGGUGCGGCGCAAGGCGCGCGCCGCAGCCGAGCGCAACCUGCGCAACGAGCGCCGCGAGAGGGCCAAGCAGGCGCGGGUGUCCCAGGAGCUGAAGAAGGCAGCCAAGCGGACAGUGAGCAUAAGCGAGAGUCCAGACACAUUAGGCGAUGGGAUCAGAGAGGAAGCAGACACUCUGGCUCUGGCAGCUGAGCCACUGGAGAGUGAGGCUGGUGAGAAAUGGAAGAGACCCUUCAGUUUCAAGAAGAGGAGAGGCCACUCAAUUGGGGGAGCCCCUGAGCAGCGAUACCAGAGCAUCCCUGUGUGUGUGGCCGCCCGACUUCCCACCCGAGCUCAGGAUGUGCUGGAUGCCCACCUCUCCGAGGUCAAUGCUGUUCGUUUUGGCCCCAAUAGCAGCCUCCUGGCCACCGGAGGGGCUGACCGCCUCAUCCUCCUCUGGAAUGUCGUGGGAGGGCGCCUGGAGGCCAACCAGACCCUUGAAGGAGCUGGCGGCAGCAUCACCAGUGUGGACUUUGACCCCUCGGGCUCCCAGGUACUGGCAGCUACUUACAAUAAGGCCGCCCAGCUUUGGAAGGUUGGGGAGGCACAGUCCAAGGAGACACUAUCUGGACACACAGACAAGGUGACGGCUGCCAAAUUCAAGCUAACGAGGCAUCAGGCGGUGACCGGGAGCCGGGACCGGACAGUGAAGGAGUGGGACCUUGGCCGAGCCUACUGUUCCAGGACCAUCAAUGUCCUUUCCUACUGUAACGAUGUGGUGUGUGGGGACCAUGUCAUCAUUAGUGGUCACAAUGACCAGAAGAUCCGGUUCUGGGACAGCAGGGGACCCCGCUGCACCCAGGUCAUCCCUGUGCAGGGCCGGGUCACCUCCCUGAGCCUCAGCCACGACCAGCUGCAUCUGCUCAGCUGUUCCCGAGAUGACACGCUCAAGGUCAUCGACCUGCGUGUCAGCAAUAUCCGCCAGGUGUUCAGGGCUGAUGGCUUCAGGUGCGGUUCUGACUGGACCAAAGCUGUGUUCAGCCCAGACAGAAGCUACGCACUGGCAGGUUCCUGGGAUGGAGCCCUUUACAUCUGGGAUGUAGACACUGGGAAACUGGAGAGUAGCCUUCGGGGACCCCAUUGCGCUGCCGUCAAUGCCGUGGCCUGGUGCUACUCUGGGAGCCACGUGGUGAGCGUGGACCAGGCCAGGAAGGUUGUGCUCUGGCACUAGUGCCACGACUCUCCUGCUUGAGCUGGAGCUCUAGUCCAAAGCCUGAAGCCAGAGGACAGCUUCCCACUGCCCCAGAGGCUCCAGGGCCAGUAGGGGUGCAGGGAUGGGGGUGGCAUUUAGUGGGUAAGAAGGCCUGGCAGGACCUGGCCUGUUUGUUUGUUUAAAAACAAAGUGUGGGUUGGGGGGGAUUACUGUAUUGUUUUUUAUCUCUGUUUCCUCACUUUCUCUGGGAAAAGUGGAAAAAAAUUACAUUUAAACUGGUGUGUGCUUGCCUCUUUGCAGCAUUCAGGGAACAAGGAAGCCUUUGGGUGGAGGCUCAAGGAGACCCAGGCUUGGCUCCCUUUCCUCCUCCCGCACAGAGCUGGGCAGAGCUGGCCCGCCUUCUGUGCUGACAGCUUGAAGAAAGGCCCAGAGGCAGCAAAGGGCAGUGGCUUUUAGAGCAGUAGAAAUUUAACCCUCGGUCUAAGGUGGUCCUGGUCCUUGGGCCCUUCUGUUUCAGGCACCCAGGGUAGACCGAGGCUGAGGAGAACCGUGUGAAUUCUGAGGAGGGAGCAGGGGAGACAGUCAAGAGGGGCCCUGUGGAAAGGAUCCUGAAAAACCAGAGUGAUGUCAGGUACUCGGUACAAGAGGCCUGCCUUUAGACUGGGGCCACGUUCUUGCCCCCGAGGCAGACGCCUUGUGUGUCGGGGAGGACAUCCGUGGACUGGGCCUGGGCCUCGCUUACGUCAGCAUCAGAUUUAAUCCACACAACAAGCAUCUGGAGUACAUGGCAGACCCAGCAGGGUGGAACCUGGGCACUCCAUUUCCUUCCCCAACCUAGGGCGUGGAGGAGGGUCAGCGGGACGGCCAUUGCCAGUCACCAGGCAUCGAAGGGGACUUCUGUCCCUGAGUGAUAGGGGCUGACCUCUGGGGGUCCGCUCAGUUGAGAUUCAAGGCUUUACUCUAGAACUCUCAGCCUCCUUUAUUACCUUACAGUGUCUCUCCUGAGUCCCAGGGUUUUGGAAACUAUUUCCAGGAUGGGCAGGAGAGAGCUGAGAGCCAGGACUCUGCAGCUAGACUGUCUGGGUUUGAAUCUCUGCUCUACUAUUGAGUAGCUGAAUGAUUUUGAGCAAGUUACUUAAUGUCUUUGUGCCUUAGUUUCCUCCUGUGUAAAAUGGGAAAAUAGUAUCUACCUCAAAGACUGUUGUAAGGACUCGAUGCAUUAGUAUUUGUAAAGUUCCUGGCACAUGACAAAGGCUGUGUAAGUGUUGGCUAAAUACCCAAAUCUACGCUCUGCUGAUCCCAGCUCACUCACUGCCCUCAGCCCAGCUGUCCCCUGAGCUCUGGGUGACAUACCCAGCUGCCUCCUAGGCAUCAUCUAUCCCUGUCAUAAGCGUCUCUUCCCCUCACACCCCACUUCUUCUUGGGCACCAAGGCGUGGGGCUGUUGCGUCUAAUUCUCCAUUCCUGCUGCCACUGCAGGCCACCUUGUCCUCGACCUGCUGUCUCCACCUAGUCCCCUCCUUGCCACGGCCAGAGUGACUUUCUAAGGUGUUGUGGUCAUACAUCCAACCCUUUGAAGUUCUGCACUGCCUGAAGAGAAACUCCUUACCCUCAGGACGUGGCCCUGCUGGCCUCAGCUGCAUCUUCACUUUGUUGCUACUCUGAAUGUGUCUUGCGUGUGAUUUUCUCUCUGCCCAGAAUGUUCUUCCCUCCCAGCUCCUAAUUCAAAUUUGUCCUUCAGGAUCCCCUCACUGAGAGCCUCUCCUCACCUGCCAGGCUGGCUAGGAGCCUCUUCCAUCUCUAUGCCCCCCCCCCCCCGCUUGUGUCUGCCCCCCUCCAUCUCAGUCAGGAAGCUCUUGGAAGAGGCCAGGAUGGGAGCAAAGUAUUCCCUGGGAUCAGGUCUCAGAGCCACAGAGAAAGCCUCAGGAAAUGUUCAUAAGUGACUAAAUUAUUUGAGGACUCAGCAAGUCUAACAGUCAAAGACUAGGAGUCCAGGAUCUUUUGAAUCUAAGACUGCUGAAGGUCUGGCCCUCAUGCCCUGGCUCCCAGCGGCCACCAGGAGUCACCAGCUGCCUAGGUCUGCCAAGGCCAUUCUCCCGCCUCCUGGGAUUCACGGCCAGAAAGGCCAAAGCUUCCAGUAGCCACCGUUACUGAGCUGCGUCAGGCCCUGUGCUUUCUAUCCAGUAUCUUGUUCCUCCCAACCACCUUGUGAUGUAGGUGUCUCUUUCACAGAUGAGAAAAUUGAAGCUCAGAGAGGGUAAGUGAUAUAAGAUCAUCACAGUUGGCACAGCAGGAUUGUGACUCUUGUCAUACUUUUUUUUUUUUUUUUUUUAAACAAAAUGUCAGAGAAUCUGGGCACCCAAUUAGGCAGAGCUGCAGGGCAUUACCCGCCGUGCUCCAGCAGUGUGCCCGCUGCCUCCAUCGGGUAGGUGAUUCUAGCUUUCUGUCUAAACUAAAUCCCUCCCUGCUUCUCUUUUUCCAUUCUGGCCCUGGGUGCCUAGGCCUAAGCCUGGGGGGGUUAGUGUCCUUUGAACUGAGGGACAUGCAGGGCCCCAGGAGGGAGGUGAACUUGAAUCCUGGGAGGCUGUUGAACCAGCUACAUCAUCUGGGGCAAGUACCUCACAGGACUGCAGUGAAGACUGCUUAGAGAAUGCAGAAAAGGGAGCUCAGGAAAUUAUUUGACUCAACUCCUGGGACAGUGACCCCUUUACUCCCCUUAAGCCUUCCUUUCUUCAUGGGGCAGAUCUGCUAGCACACGCCUGCCUCACUUCAGGGAGCACGUGCACACCUUAACUUACUUGGAGGGAAUGCUUCUUGGAGGAGCAAGUCUGGAAGGCCAGAGACAGGGUGGGCAUUCCAGGGAAUGAGGCAAGUGUGGGGAAAAGGGUUGGCAAAGGCCAAGCAGGGGAAGAGCUCAGAGGGGUGCCAGCUGGGAAGGCUGCACCUCUAGUCUUUGCAGUCCCGGGCAGCAGAGGGGGCAGGGAUAGAACCCUGUGGUUAAAACCGCUCUGAUACGGGGACAUGUGUAUGCAUAUGGCUGAUGCGCUUUGUCGUGCAACAGAAACUAACAUGGUGUUGUGAAGCAACUAUACUCCAACAAAGAUGUAUUUAAAAAAAAAAAAAAAAAAACCUCUCUGAGCUUCCGGUUCUCUCCAGGUUUUCAAUAGUUGCUCCUCAGGUGUUCAGUACGCAGGGGCUGCCUGCCUGAGUUUGUUCCCUAAUGUCAAAAGUGUCACCCUUGCUGUGCCUAUGGACUGAGGGCCAGAGAGGGACCAGGGUCACACAGCAGAGCAGGGAUAAGAAUCCAGGCCCCCGAUUCGCUCUUUUCUAAAAACUGGACUUAGGUUCCGCAGAGAGGUGCUGGCCUGGCCUUCUGGAGGCCAGGUUCUAGGUUCUACUCCCAGUUAUCUUCCUGAGAGAACUUGGGCAAAUCACAGUGGGUAGAGUUUCCUCAUCUGUGAGACUCUUCCUGCUCCAUGGCUCUGGGCCUCACCAAUGGUGAUCCGGGCUCUUCCCUGGGGCUGUUGUACAGGCAUGGGUACCACCUCCUCUGCCUGCCUAAGCUUGAGAGGGAGAAAUGACAGAGGCUCUUGCUCUGGGCUCCUACUGCCCCUUGGUCAUCUCCCUGUCCUGGGAGAGGCACCUUGGCUUGAAACUGCUGUUCCCAUGUCACCCCCACCAGAUGUGAGCCCAUUGGUGAUGGGGAUGGGAACUGAGUCACUUGUGUCUCAAUGCCCAGAACGUGGCCUGGGGCAGUAAGUUUGCUGACUGAACAAAUAGAGGUGGCCCUGGCCCAUCGUUCUCUGGAGGAAUCCUGGUGGCACUAGGUGUGAACCCAUCUGUGAGAUGUGACAUGACGUGUCUGGUACAGGUUGUUUUCUUCUUACAGAUGCACAUCCACUAGUCAAAAAUACUUUCAGCUUAUCUGUACAUUAUCUUAUUUGAUCCCCCUGGGUCUUACCAAGUUUGUAUUGAAGUUUGUAUUGUCUUCUCAUUCCCACUUUAGAGAUAAGAAGAGCAAAGCCCAGAAGGGUGAAGGGAUGACCCUAAGGACAUAGGUAAUCGAGGCAGCCCAGGGACUUGAAUACAGGCCUCUUGACCAGGCUCUUCCCCUGCCCCUCAUAGGAGCAAGUGGGUGACAAAAAGCAUGCUUAGGUGUUUAGCACACAGUGUGGAAGAGGUGUGAACUUUAAGAGGUGUGUCCAUUUCUGUUGUUUCAGGAUAACAUUCCAGGAAAAUAUUCCCAGACCAGGGCUCUCUGACACAGACAUGGCAGAAAUGCUGCAUCUGUUUUUUUGGCCAGUGGGACCAGGGGAAAAUGGUCCAGAAACAAGAUGCUCUUUGGCAUUCAUGGGGUCCUUGGCAGAUCAAGCAGUAACAGCAAACACAGGGAGCGUCUAGGAGGAAACUUAUACUGGUUAAGUUGUAGGAUUUCAGGACAAAUUACAAUUCUCUCCCUUCUAAACUAAAAUUUCUGUAACGUGGUUGUAUUUUAGUCAUGAAAAAUAGCUUCAUAACAAGCAUUACAUGCAAAGAUUCAGCCAGAUUUUGUUAUAAGGCCCCUCAGAGGGUUAGGAAAUAACUGGCUUCACAACCGAAAGCUUUGGCCGGGCUCCUUGGGCAGUGAGUGAAUAGUGCAGCCCAGGUGUGACCACAACCCAGAGGACAGUUUGCUCUGUCCCAGUGGAGAGUCCAGUGGCUUGAAUUUUCAACUUUUGGCCAUCCUGAGAAGUCUCUGUGUUCGUAAAGUCUGUUCUCAAAUAUUGUGACCUUUUUGUGUGAUGUUCUCACUCUGCAUCUAGAAACUGAACUUACCUAGAACGUAAGAGUUGGAUAAGCCCUUAGAAAUCAUCUCAUUCUACUUCUUUUAAAGCCGGGGUUGUGGCAGCCCAGUGGAAAGGGCGUCCAUCAAGCGGUGGCAGGGCUAAGGCCAGAAGAUACCCUCCCGCUUGCUUCUGUCUGCCCGUGGAUGUGGGCUGGGGUGGUGGGUCAUAGAAGAAAGGGAUCUAGGUGAUGUGCUGCGAAUCUGGUUCAGCUGCCUUACCUUUAGUUCCUGUGAUGAAGGAGGCCCCAAUAUAGCUAUGAUACAGGGGUGGGACGAUUAGCUUAAUUCCGUCUGCUGGUCACAGACCAGGGCCUCUGGGGCCAACAGUAGUCUUGAAUGCGAGCAGCUUUCAUUAGCAGGGGAAGGCAAAAGAUGGAAAUGAUAUUAAAUGUGCACUGAUAGUCCUUACCAUAUUUAUGGUGAAGCACUUUCACACCCACUCUUUCCAUUGGGCCUCAUGACAGCCCUGUGUUACUAGGAGGCUGGAAGGAUAGCAAGGAGCAGUUCUGUAGGGGAGGCCGCUGAAGGUGGGGGAAGUGAUGGUGAGGAAUGCUUGUGGUGACCACCCUGUGCUGCACACUUUACAUGUCCUUCUUGGAUCCACAGCAUUAUUCUCAUGUUUCCGAUGGGGACACUGAAGCUGGGUUCCACAGCUGUCAAGUGGGAGGCAGGAUUUAACUCAGACCUUCCAACUCCAAAGUCCAUGUUGUCUUCUACGCUGUUGGUGGGAGUGUCAACGGAUACGGUCAUUUUGGAGGCCAAUUUGGCAACAUCUAACAAAAUUAAAUACACACAUACCUUUUUGACUCUCAAAUUACGUAUUUAGGAAUUUACCCAAUAUUUUUACUGGAACAAAUUUUUAAAGAAUUAUGUACAAAGGUGUUAAUUUCAACUUUCGAAUAGCAAAGGGAUGGAUACAACCUCCUCAUCCAUCACUGUAGGAAUGUUUAAAUUAUGAUAUAUCCGAACAGUGGAAUAUAAUGCAGCCUUCAAAAAGAAUGAGGUAAACCUAAAUAUAUAAUCUCACAUAUAAAAAGGCAGUGUGUGCAUAUGAGUUCUAUGCACAGAAAACGUCUGGAAGAAUACAUAUAGCACAUGCCCAGCUCUGGAAGAGGAGGGCUGUGGGGCCCCUCCCCAAACAGGCUGACCUCUGGUCCUCACUGGGCCGGCUGGCAGCCAGAGGGACUUGGCUUUUCACCUGGAAUCCUCUAGCCACCCCCAAGACCAGUAAAAUCUCCUUCCCUUGACUUGUUACUCAGGGUAGAGGUUUAGGAAAGGACAGAGUAGUCCAGAGUGCCCACUUCCUAGAAGCCAGCAGUCACAUCCUCUGAGGGGACUCAGUGGCCCUCCUCUCGCCCUUUCAGCUGCAGAAUCAGAGCUCCCUCCUCGGCUCCCUCAGUGCACUCUCUGCCUCUCCCUUCCAGCACCUCACACAGUACUGUCGUCAUGUGUAUACCUUUUUUCUCCACUGGGAAAGAACCUUGAGAGCCAAGACCACAACUUAUUUCUAUCUCUAGCAUUCAGGGUAUUACACCUGGCAGGUGGGUGGCAUGCGGGACUGUUUGUCCCAUGGAUGGAUUAAUUUACUUCCCCCUCUCUGUAUCUGUUGUAGGGUUUAAAGGAGGGCCUAGAAGUGUCUUUAUAAGAAGCACUGGGUAUUUGGAAAAGCCUGCUUACCCAAAUCUUUUUAUAAGUAAAACUUAGAAAACUUAAUUCCAUUUUUUUAUUAUUCAACAUUUUAUACAUAAUAAAUACAAAGUUUUUACAGCCACUGUAAAGAAAGCACAUCUGCACAGAGGUGCUUCCUCUGAGCCCAGCCGUGUGCACUGUGACACUGGAUUACAUGUCCUGGAGGGAGGGGUUCUUUUUAAAAAGGAGGCAUAUUUUUACAACUUUGUUUUUUUAAAAUAAAAUUAGCAGCUCUUCCAAAAAAUAUUUUAAAAUAUAACAAAAGAUUUCAAAUAAUCCUCUGAGAAUGUGGAAAACCCAGAUUCAAGGACAAUUUUGCUAGCUAAAGAGAGAAUACAAGACUGGGUGGCAAGAACUGCCUGAUAUCAGCACUUUGAAGAUUUCUAAAGUGCUUUGAAGAUUUUUAACUUGUCAACAAACUUUAAAAUCUUAAAAAAAAAAACCCACCCUUUUCAUUUCUUUUUUAAACUUAAGAAUAAGUUUGAUAAACACAAAAAGACCUCAAAUAGAUCAACAGGUUAAGAAGCAAAAAACAAAAACAAAAAUCCUCAAAUCACAGAGAAGAUUCAUCACUGGGUACUGUCACUGAAGUGAUCAAAGGACUAACCGAAAAUUUCUUCAGCUCUGACC